AGUGAGCGAGUGAGCCAGUGAGCGAGCGAGUGAGUGAGUGGAUACGUACGUAACGCGGACUCUACAGGCAGGAUAUCCAGUCGCCUGUCAUGACCAUCAAGUCCUUGGGGAGUGUUUCAAGCCAUGGGCGUGACAAAAAGCACACUAAGCACGUAAAAUGGAUUGGGCUCACUUUUUAUCUUUCCAGUACAUACUUUUUCCUCAGUGAUGUGACUGCUCUCACUCGCUCAGGUGGUGCUAUCAGUGUGGCUCCUCGAUACUCACCUCACCUGCCAAGUGUCACACCCGGCGCACCAAGACGUAGUUACCUGAGCCACCCUCGCACGCCGGGCCUCGCGGGUGUCGCCUUGAAAGGGGAGAGAGGCUGAGGGUGUACCCGGUGGCAGUUACUUCAACCCCUGGGAAUGUAGUGUGUGACCAGAGUGUUCCCGUACUACUACUACUACUACUACUACUACUACUACUACUACUACUACUACUACUGCUACUAGGUUAAAAGAGCACUACCACCACCACCACCACCACCACCACCACCACCACUAAGAGCAAUAUCACCACCACUUUCAAGAUUAGGCGUUUCUUCUUCCUUCUCCUGCCUCUCCAAGUGCUUUCCUCUCCUCCUCCUCCUCCUCCUCCUCCUUCUGCUCCUCCACCUUCUCCUGCAGCCAUGUCACGCCCACAAGAGAGGAUCUGAUGCCCCUCAUCGCCACACCUCCCAUCAUCCAUCCAGGGAAUGACAUCGUGGCGACAGGUGAAGCCUCGCGCUUUGUGGUGUGUGGUGACGCGCGGCGGGGAGUGGGGCCUGCCCUUCACCUGCGGAGGCGCGUGAGAGCAUGAGUGACUGUGUGGACGACAGGACGCCCCUGCUGCAGCCCUUCGUCCGGGGCAGCUCCCUCCGAACCCCCGUCAGGUUGUACAAGACACCUCCAGACAUCUACACCCAAAACCCAAUCUAUGGCCCCAACUGCAAGCCCCCGCUGCCGCCCCGCCCCGCCGAGUGGCUGCAGAGACGGCCCCUGCUGAGGAGGUCACACUCUGUCAACGAGGGGGAGCGUCAGGAGACGCAGAUCCCAUCCUUCAGCCAUGUGCCGCCUCAGCAGGUGCGCAGUGUGGAGGAGUGGCGCGCCCCUGCAGCCCUCCCGCCCCUCCACAGAAGCCGCAUCGCCCCUACCGCAGGGGACGCCACAGUGGCACCUCAGAGGGACACUUACGGCAGAGGCGAGGAAAGCCACUCACGAAAUGGCUAUCCGUUUGCCUCCAUGCCGCGCUUCAAGAGGACUCACCACGCCUCGCCGCCGCCGCCUGCCUCGCCAGACAUGCGCAGGCUGGGAAUGUCUACCUUCCGCAAGGGGCCGCCCUCCCCCUCUCCCAGCAGGCGGGCGGCCACGCCGACCGACGAAAGAACGAGUGCGAGAAAGGAAAGGUCUUACGACUCCAAACUUCCAACUUUUAGCGACAAUUCUUUCUUAAGAAGAUUUUGUAGAAGUGGAAGGUCACAGACGCCACCCCCUCCCUGCCCGUCACCUUCCUCCCUCCGCUCCCCCGUCACCUACAGGAGAGAGAUCCCCGUCCCUCAGUCACCAGGUCCCUUCAGGAGGUACGGCAGCGUACCCAUGAACAAAUCAGAGUAUCCGCCACACCCGAGCAUUGGUGACGCCGUCGGCAGGUCCAGCUCCUUCAGACACCCGAGGCUGGAGAGGACCCGCUACUCCGCCUUGGCCCCACAGCUGCCGGCCCUGUCCUCCUCCUCGCACCUCACCAUGGACGAGAAGUACCCGCUCCUGGACACUGACUUCCAGAGAUACGGCACGACCGACGACGGCCAGGGCGGAGGCUGGAGCACCAGGACGCCGCCACCGCACCGCAGAGAUCUUCCCCACGUACACACCGACUGGCAAUGCACACAGUACACCGCGGCUUCCGAGAGGCGUGACCCGCGGCGCUUCUCCUACCUCCGCAUGCCCGAGACGCAGACACAGAGCUAUGUGUCCACCACCCUCACUGAAGACCUGCCCGCCUCCACCACCACCACCACCACCUCCAUCUCCACCACCUGCUCUCCCAGACCACCUGGAUCUUUGGAUAUGGACGACAGGAGUUCAACUCGGCGAUCAUGGGAGAGGAGUCACAGCGGCGUCCUGGAUACUGAUGACCUCGGUGUUGGGCCGCAGCACAGAAUUAUCAGCAGCCCGCCUCUGAGCCUGUGUCGCGUCUCCUCGGACAGCGGGUACAGCACGUGCAGCAACAGCAGCGCCGCCUCCAGGAGCGAUUCAGUUGUGUCAGAUAGCGAGGGUGACAUGAUCGCCUGGUUCGGCAGCCGCCUCAACCUGAAGGAAGAAGAGUCCUUGGCCACCAAGUCCGCCACUGACCAUUUCUCCUACCUGAUGGAGAAGGAGGAGGAGUACCUGGUGUGCCUGCGUACCAUCCUCAGGGACUACCGGGAGAUGAACUCCAAGACUCCCUCACUCAUCCGCCAGCAUUUCGACCUCAUCUUCAAGCAGGUGGAGGUGAUUUACGCCUUCCAGAUGGCGCUGCAGGACAACCUGACGGAGACGCGUGGACAGCCGGACAAGCUGGCCCUGGUGUUCACCAACGAUCAGUUUCAGUGCUACAGCCGCUACAUGGUUAUGACGCCAGCAGUGCAGCGAGAUCUCCUGCAGUACGCCAGCCACUUCAAGGAGCACUUUCCAGACCUCAAACGUAACAUCCUCAAGCCUUCCCUGCGCAUCAACUUCUACGCCAUGAUCCUGGACAGCUUCAAGAAGGAGGCGUCUCAGGAAGUGAAGAGCAAGCUGCAGGAAGCCAUCGACUACCUGAACCAAGUGAAGCGCAAAGCCAACACAGAGAUGACCCUGAACACUGUGAUCCACAGCCCCGUGGACCUCAGGCUGGGAGGCGACAUGCUGUACAUCGGGGAGCUCAACUACAUAGGCGGAGGGACGCUGCAAAAGAAGAAGUACCAACUGAUUCUGUUCGAAAACCUCCUUGUCAUUACAUCCAUGAAGCUUCCUUACUUCAAGUACAAGACUCACUACCGCAUGGAGCAGCUGGAGUCCGUGGUGGGCUUCGGGGACAACGAGCUGCACCUCAACGUCCUCUCCGAGGGACAGACGCAGCUGGCCACGCUCAAGUUCAGGAUCAAGAGUACGAAGGUCAGGGACGAGUGGAUCAGCGAGCUGCAGAAGAUCACCAGACGCAACACCAAGCUGACGCAAAGCCGAGGCUCCGUCAGCAUGCUACAAAUACCGCGUCAGCAGUUCCGUACGCUGCCUCUCGACCUGACCCGCGUGUUCCCGCUGCUGAAGGAGAUGAUGAUGGACGAUGCUGCGGGCGAGGCGGGGCGGGAGCUGGUGGACGGGUACAGCUUGCCCAACAUGAGUCAUUACGAAGAGAUGUACGUUAACAAACUUUCCUCAUUACUCAACCCAGAGAUCCAGAGGCCGCCCGAGGCUCUCGGCGACCUGCUGGAGAAGCUUCAUCGCCUCCACAGCAAGAAAUUUCUACCUGUCCUGCAAAGGUCUCAUAAAGUGAGCGACUUCGUUGACUACUUGGCGGAGAACCUGGAGGAGCUGCAGGUGUACAUCGACUAUCUGGUGGUUCGCUCCCAGCUGACGGUGAAGCUGGACGAGGAGCCCCAGGCCGGCCCGUACAUCUGUCCUGUGCAGCACGUGUAUGGCAUCUACUUCGGGCUCACGAAGGAACUGUGCAGCUCAGAAAAGAGUAAAAAGUCCGCCCAGCGUGUCAUAAGAAGGCUGCGAGAGGACAUUGAUCUGGCGCAAGUACGGGUGCUGAAGGAGGCCAUCGUGAACGGCCGCGUGGACUUCCAGCGCAGCGGCAUCCUGCUGCUGUACAGCCCCAUGGAGGUGAAGACUCGUAAGAAGGAGAUCCGUGCCGGGGAGUACAUCGUGCUGCUCUUUGAAAACGUCAUCAUCCUCACCAGGCCCAAGCAGCCUUACUACGAGUACGUGAUGGACAUCUGGCUGGACCAAGUGAACCUCGGCCCGCCAGCUAACCACGACUGCACCUUCAGGGUGGAGGUGCGCCAGGGCGGCAGGAAGGAGCCUAUCACCUACGAGAUGUGCGCCACUAGUGCCGAGUUGAAGCAGAAAUGGAUGAGAAGACUCCAACAGCAGAUGUUGGUGCAGGUGGCAAAGAUAAGGGAACGUGUGGCCUCUGUGGGAGACGCAGCGGUGGGCGGGAGUCGCUAAUUAGAGGGGAUGCGUCAGACAGCGAGGAUUGCUCGCUACUAGUCACUCGCACGGUUGCAGGGGAGGCACCAACAGCCGGGAGGUGUUGGUGUGUCAUUUACACGGCAUUCAACGGUACCGUGAUUCGGCACACGAGUCGAGAAGUGACCACCACUGACGAAGGCGCCGCUGAGCUGUGAGGAUGUGUUGGGAUUGUGUUGUGGAUACUCGUCGAUAGUGUUUCACUCCCACUCCUGCCUACUUACGCGACACUCAUGUUCCUUAGUGUGCAUUGACCAAAGUGUGGUGUUGAGCACCGACUAACUUGUACUGCCUUGAGUCUGAGCCAGGGCAGUGCAGCAGCGGCGGCAACACACUGCUGCUGUGCACGAGUGGCCUUCCUCGCCCAGACACUCUUCCUAUACUCUUACCAAACCUGUGAUCGACAGCAGGGUUGCUCGUUCACGCUGGCUUGUUACGUUGAGGCGCGUCAACACACGCGGGCAGGAUUAAGAGAAUGACGCGGGUGUUCAGUGUGGUCACCACGUAGGUGCGCUGGGAACGCUCUCGUGCACGUAGCACAUUAGUGGUAACAGGACAGUAUUGUGAAUUGCUUCCACGUGUCUCAAGGUAGAGGUGUAAUAGUUAACUUAAUCUGUGUCUUUGUUCUAUGGAUGUUUUCUAAAGAUUAAAUUUAUAUUUUAAAUGAAACAGAAUUGUUACUUUUUAACUAGACCAGGGAAGGAACUGACCUUGCCGGAUUCUCUCUCUCUCGCAACAGACUCCAGACUCCCUUCCGAUUCCUUCCUGCGUAGUAUUCUCAGGUGUACCUUGUGCUGUCUGAAUAUAUAUUGAAUACUGCUUUCCUUGCA